UCCUUCAGGUCUUCUCUUUGUUAAAGAUUUCCUUGUUUUCUUUCUGAAAAAUUCUUCCAAAAUCUCAUAUGGGAUUCUUCAUAUGUCACCAUUAAACCUCAAUGCUUCUUGCUUUCAUGGAGGAUCAUCAUCAUCAUCAUCAUCAUCAUCAUCAUCAUUACCAUCAUCUGAUGAAGCUUCUUGUAACAGUAACUUUCUUUUAUCCCUAUCUUGUUUCUCUUGUUUAUAGUGCUACAGAUCCUGGUGAUUUAGCCAUCCUCAAUCAGUUUAGAAAAGGGCUAAAGAAUCCAGAGCUCUUGAAAUGGCCUGACAGUGGAGAUGAUGAUGAUCCUUGUGGACCCCCAAGUUGGCCUCACGUAUUUUGUUCUAGAAAUAGGGUUACUCAGAUUCAGGUUCAGAAUAUGAACUUGAAGGGUCCUUUGCCAAGUAAUUUGAAUCAAUUGUCAAUGCUCACCAAUCUAGGUCUUCAAAGGAACCAAUUCACUGGUCCUUUACCAUCUUUAAAUGGGUUAUCUGGAUUGAGGUGGGCAUAUCUUGAUUAUAAUCAGUUUGAUACAAUUCCUUCAGAUUUCUUUCAUGGCCUCGAUAGUUUAGAGGUUUUGGCUUUGGAUAGCAACCCUCUUAAUACCACUACUGGUUGGUCACUUCCCAUUGAUCUUCAGAAUUCGGCCCAAUUGCAGAAUCUUUCAUUGAUGAGUUGUAAUUUGGCUGGCCCUUUGCCUGAUUUUCUUGGAACUUUUUCGUCUCUUGGGGAUUUGAAGUUGUCCAUGAAUCGAAUUUCCGGUGGUAUUCCGGCCACAUUUAACGAAUCUCUUCUCCGAACUCUGUGGCUGAAUGGGCAAUCUGGAGGUGGAAUGACUGGUCCCAUUGAUGUUAUUGGAACUAUGACCUCACUCACCAGUUUAUGGCUUCAUGGGAAUCAUUUUUCAGGAAGAAUUCCUCAAAGUAUCAGUGGUUUAACUCAACUGAAAGAUUUUAACGUCAACAGCAAUGAUCUUGUGGGCUUAGUUCCUGAUGGCUUAGCUACUCUCAGCUUGGAUAAUUUGGAUUUGAACAAUAAUCAGUUUAUGGGUCCUGUACCCAAAUUCAAAGCUUCCAACUUUACUUAUUCAUCCAACCAAUUUUGUCAACCGGAUCCGGGUGUUCCUUGUGCUCCACAAGUGACCGCACUCUUGGGUUUUUUGGACGAUUUAAAUUACCCAUCAAGGCUGGUUUCCACUUGGUCUGGUAAUGAUCCGUGUGAAGGUCCUUGGUUGGGUUUGAGCUGCAUUGGCCAGGAGGUGAACUCACUUCACUUGCCAAAGUUCAAUCUUUCUGGAACUUUGAGCCCUUCGAUUGCGAAUCUUGGUUCUCUGACUCGAAUCGAUCUUGGGUCGAACAAGUUAACAAGUGUGAUUCCAUCGAACUGGACAAACUUGAAAUCUUUGACUUUCUUGGAUUUAAGCAACAAUGAUCUUUCCCCUCCUCAACCGAAAUUUAAUCCCUCUAUGAAACUUGAUUUAACUGGAAAUCCAUUGUUUCAAUCGGAUCCACCAAGAACCCCCUCUCCUAAGAGCAGUCCACCCACUGGAUCGCCAGCCGAUACUCACCAAUCUUCACCUCCAAUAGGUUUGGGGACGAAUACUAGUACCAGGAAUCCUAGUACCAGGAAUCCUAGUACCAGGAAUCCUAGUACCAGGAAUCCUGAUACUAUCGUUGCGCCUAUCAGCAGUAAACGUUCAAAGAAAUCUAAUUUAGUGGCAAUCGUUGCUUCUGUUGCGGCUGUUGUUAGUUUAGUCCUUUUAGUUGUGUCUUUGUGUAUCUACUUAUGUAAAAAGAAGAAAGUCAACUCGCACCAAGCACCGAGCUCGCUCGUUAUCCAUCCACGUGACCCUUCUGAUUCAGAUAAUGCAAUCAAGAUCGCGAUUGCGAAUGACACGGUGACAAGUGUUGGCAGUGGUUCUGGUAGCCAACUGUGGAGUCGCACGGGUGAAUCCCAUGUUAUAGAGUCUGGAAAUCUGAUAAUUUCGGUUCAAGUUCUACGAAACGUGACGAAAAACUUCGCCCCUGAGAAUGAGCUCGGGCGUGGCGGUUUUGGGGUAGUUUACAAGGGCCAAUUAGACGAUGGUACGAAAAUAGCAGUGAAAAGAAUGGAGUCUGGUGUGAUUAGCAACAAGGCUUUGGAUGAAUUUGAGGCGGAAAUUGCGGUGCUUUCAAAGGUCCGCCAUCGGCAUUUGGUGUCUCUUUUAGGGUAUUCGACUGAAGGACCCGAAAGACUUCUUGUUUACGAGUAUAUGCCUCAAGGAGCAUUGAGUAGGCAUCUUUUUCACUGGAAAAGCUUCAAAUUGGAACCGCUUUCGUGGAAGAGGAGGCUGAAUAUUGCGUUGGACGUGGCUCGAGCCAUGGAUUAUCUUCACAAUCUGGCUCAUCAAAGCUUCAUACACCGAGACCUUAAAUCGUCUAAUAUCUUACUUGGUGAUGAUUUUAAAGCCAAGGUUUCGGACUUUGGAUUGGUCAAGCUCGCUCCUGAUGGGGCGAAGUCCGUGAUUACUCGGCUAGCUGGGACGUUUGGAUACCUUGCCCCUGAAUAUGCCGUGACAGGUAAGAUUACCACAAAGGCUGAUGUUUUCAGCUAUGGUGUUGUUCUUAUGGAGCUAUUAACCGGUUUAAUGGCGUUGGAUGAAGACCGACCCGAGGAAAGCCAGUAUUUAGCAGCAUGGUUUUGGAGCAUUAGAUCAGACAAAGAGAAACUAAUGGCAGCCGUAGACCCUGCUCUUAACGCAAAUGAAGAAACCUUCGAGACCAUCUCCAUAAUAGCCGAGCUGGCAGGCCAUUGUACGGCUAGAGAGCCGAACCAACGACCAGAUAUGGGGCACGCGGUGAAUGUGCUGUCCCCACUUGUGGAGAAAUGGAAACCAAUGGAGAAUGAGGCCGAGGAAUAUUGUGGUAUUGAUUAUAGUCUUCCAUUGACUCAAAUGGUCAAAGGGUGGCAAGAAGCUGAAGGGAAGGAUUACAGCAGCAGCUAUGUGGAUCUUGAUGAUAGCAAGAGUAGUAUUCCGGCACGGCCGACUGGAUUUGCGGAUUCGUUUACUUCAGCCGAUGGUCGAUAGAAACAGGCAUAGACCCUGGUAUGCCUGCUGAAUGUAGAUAGCUUCGUCUUUCUGUUAUUUUUCGGUUUUUGGAUCUUGAAUCGAUGCCUUUGUGUUGAAAUUUUUGAUGUUGGUAUGGUUGAAAAAGACGAUCAAAGUUUUAUUCUUGAAAAUUUGAUCAGUUACUCAUUUGUUUUUGUUAA